AUGAGCCCUCCGUCAUCAUCUAAGUUGCGUACUCUAUUCAUCGGUUUGAGCCCGACGGCCGAGGAGACGACCGAAGACGACGUGGACGAUUUGCAGGAUGGGUUGGUGACGUCGUCGUUGGCAUCAGUUAGACGGAAAGUUUACCCUUCGGACUUUGUGUUUCAUAAGGUGCUAGGGAAAGGAAGCUACGGAACGGUGAUGCUCGUGCGCUCUUUGUUAGACGGCAGGAUAUAUGCGAUGAAAAUGCUCAGGAAGGAAAACGUGAUACGGAGGCAUCAGGUCCAACAUACCAGAACGGAAAGGAACGUAUUGGAGCUUAUCAGACAUCCCUUUAUUGUCUCUUUGUACCAUGCAUUCCAAACCAAUAAGAAACUAUAUUUCGUUAUGGAAUUCUGUCCUGGAGGUGAACUAUUUUUUCAUCUCUCAAGGGCGAGCAGAUUCCCAGAACCUAAAGUAGUAUUCUAUGCAGCAGAAAUUAUACUCGCUCUUGAAUUCUUACAUCGAAGAGACAUAAUAUACAGAGACUUGAAACCGGAGAAUAUUUUGCUUGAUGGCGAAGGACAUGUGAAGUUGACCGACUUUGGCUUGUCGAAGUCCGGAGUGGCCGAUAACUACGGUACGCGAUCGUUAUGUGGUACACCCGAAUACUUGGCGCCCGAGAUCUUAUCGCAACAAGGCCAUGGAAAGGCCGUGGACUGGUGGUCUCUAGGGUCGUUGAUAUACGAAAUGUUGACUGGAUUGCCGCCUUUCUAUUCCAAGGACCGAGAUCGAUUAUUUCACAACAUUCGGUCUGGAGACAUAAAGUUCCCUCCCCAUGUCUCGCAGCAGGCCCAAGACCUCAUGAAGAAGUUAUUUGUACGAGAUCCAGACCGUCGGUUGGGAGGCAGUGCACGAGACGCCGAUGAGAUUAAGGAACAUCCAUUCUUUAAGGGGAUCGAUUGGCGGAAAAUCGAAACCAAGCAGGUUACCCCUCCGUUCCAGCCCCAGCUAGAUGGGGAGAUGGAUACCCAAUACUUUGAUCGCGAGUUUGUGAAGCUACCCGCUGUGAAUAGCGAGGUCGCCGAUAGUAUAAAUGAAUCCGUCCGAGAUGACAUGUUCCCCGGCUUCAGUUACAAUUGCCGAGAAGAAGAUUAG